UCUGCCAACAAUACAACCACACGUGGACAAAAUGCAUUUACAAUCAUUGACAACGUGAUGCAUCUAAUCAUUUACAGUUUAAAUAGAUGAAUUACGUGAUUAUACCAAAAAUCGUCUACAUUUGUCAUUGAUUUAACAUAAUAUAUAUGAGGGAAUACAAACAGUUAUUUUCUAGCAAUAAAUUAUACUCCCUGAACCGCCUCACCCACUUGAAGAGAGGUGUUGAUGACUAUAUACAGUAGGUGGCGGCACCUCUUAAACACCACAGAAGAUGCCGAAAAGCAUCAACAGGAAGUACUUUGUUACCGUCUGUCGAGUUUUCAAACCAAAUAAAAUUUCACAGGAUCUUUCUGAUGUAAAAUUAGUCUCAAUGAGACGUUUGUUUGUCACAGCUUAAAUCCAGUUUGAUAUGUAAAAGGACGUUUGAUUGCGCUGGUCUAGCUUUUCUUUAUCUGAACGCCGUAACAAGGAACGUAACUCUAGCGUACACCUUUACUUUCAUGGUUUUUUAUUUGAAGAAAGAAUCGCUCCCUAGAUGGAUCGGGACAGAGCUAGUACGUCCCCCUCCAACCUGCCGGAGUCCCCUGGUCGCAACUCUCCUGAUAUUGCCUUACUGCUGGGUCUGAAGAUGGUGUCUGUGAGGCUGGUCGACUGCAGGAAAACACCAGGGCAGAGUGGAACUUUGAGAGGGGGACACGAGGAGGAAGACUUGAUUUCAUCAAGUAAGAACAAUGGGGACACCCUUAACUGUCGCUCUCUCAAUGGUAGGGACUUAUUUGGGGAGCCUCAACAACAUGUUUGUGACAAGGUAGAGAAGAGUCUCUCCCGAUCAGAACACCUCAAAAAGCACAGACGUACAGGGAAGAAACCUCACCACUGCUGCUCUGACUGUGGGAAGAGUUUCACUAGCAGGAGUGGUUUCAUAAUGCACCAACGGAGUCACACCGGAGAGAAACCGUACUGCUGCUCUCAGUGUGGGAAGAGUUUUGCUGCUUCUAACGCCUUCAAAUCUCAUCUGAGAAUUCAUACAGGAGAGAAACCUUACAGAUGCUCACAGUGUGGGAAGAAUUUUUCUGCUUCUAACACGUUCAAAUCUCAUCUGAGAAUGCAUACAGGGGAGAAGCCUUACCCCUGCCUUGACUGUGGGAAAAGCUUUGCUAACACGGGAAUUCUAAGCAUACACCAGCGUGUACACACUGGAGAGAAGCCUUAUAGCUGUAAUCAGUGUGGGAAGAGCUUUGCUCGGUCAGGAGAGCUGACUACACACCUGGUAACACACACUGGAGAGAAGCCUUAUGUCUGUCUAUGUGGGAAGAGCUUUGCUCUAUCAGGACACCUGAAUAGACACCAGCGAACACACACUGGAGAGAAGCCUUAUAGCUGUGAUCAGUGUGAGAAGAGCUUUGCGCUAUCAGAACACCUGAAUAGACACCAGCGAACACACACUGGAGAGAAACCUUAUAGCUGUGAUCAGUGUGGGAAGAGUUUCAGUCUAUCAUGGACCCUAAAUACACACCAACGAACACACACCGGAGAGAAACCUUAUGUCUGUCUAUGUGGAAAGAGCUUUGCUCAUUUAGGGCCAAUGAAAAAACACCAGAAAGCAGAAAUGUGCCAUAUUUCCUCUCCCUCCUAUCUGACACCGGUUCCAGAUCCCUAAAUAAAGGAUCAGUAGAAAACAUCUAGUGAACAGUCAUAUCCAUCUCCCAUUCUUAGACAGUUGCCUUAGUCUGAUCACCAUGGUAACCUCUGUGCAGCAUAAUAUGCAUCUCUGAUCUAGGAUCAGGUCUCCCCUGUGUCUAUGUAAUAUCGCACAUUGGGAUUUGAAUGGAUAAAUGUUACCAUAGAAUGUCAUAGUCAACGUGUGUGUUUACGUACUCCUAAAACGAAUCAAUGAUGCAUUGAAUAAUAAUAUUCAUGAGGUCAAAGUAAGAUCUAUGCAUACUGUGUCUUGUGACAACGGUUAAUGUAAUAACUUUCAGAUUUAUAAUGUAAUAAAACCGGGAAAUGUAA